AUGGCGCGUGCCUUGCCCUACAUCGCGGUCUGCAAAGAGAAGUUUUUGGCGACCCAUGGGGGCAUCAGCCCCGAGUUCGUGCGGGCCUGCCGAGGCGGAGACUUUAAGCAUUGCCUCACCCCUGAGAUCGGGCAAAUGAUGGUGUGGUCAGACCCCACCGAGCAGCGCGGGUGGGUGCCAUCGCGGCGCGGGCCGGGCAUCAAGAUGUACGGCGCAGAUGUGACCCUCGACUUCCUCCGGACCCACGGCCUGAAGACCAUCAUCCGGGGCCACGAGCAGCAGAUGAAAGGCCACAACAUCAUGUCCCUAGGAGGCGAGUACGGUGUCAUCACGGUCUUCUCCGCCGCAGACUACACUGGGCUUUUCUGCACCAGAAGUGACGGCUUGCCGCAGAAACGCCCGCCCUGGGAUUAUGUCAACAUGUUCACCAGCCCCGGGCAGCACAACCGGGGAGCCAUUCUGUUCGGCGACCACGACGGGAUAGACUUGAACUUUGCAACACAGACGCUCAGCGGGGCGCAAUCUCGACAACUGGCCGCGGACUUGACUCACUCCCACUGCGGAGGAUCCUACGCGCGCUCACGUCGCUCGUAUCUGGAGCAAACCAGCGCCCCUUCCUCGCAUCCGGUGGCCGGGACCAGGACGCCGGUCACCGCGGACACAGAAACAGAGGCAAAGCUCCCGAUGUCCAAAUUCUUCAGCCUAGCGGAAAUGGAGGAGCUGCAGCAGAGGAAGGCCCACGGCUUGGGCAACGAGAGCUGCCCAGAGCUUUCGGCCAGCGAGGCGGAGUCCCAUGAGCAGUUCAUCCGAGCUUCACUGGCCUCGGGGCUUAGCGACCCGCAAGCCUUGGCCUUCGAGAUGCGAAAGCUGCUGGAUCUUCAGGGCGAAGGCUUUGUCUGCAGCGAGACCCCUGAGACCGAGCGGGCAGAGGCUUGCAACAUGGCCAAGAAGGACAAGCUCACGCUGGCGGUGUACCGCGAGUUGUUUGGCGAGAAGGGGGAGGAGGAGAUCUUUGAAGAGGAUGUGGCGGCCAGAGAGAAUGAGGUGGACGAGGUCUUGUGA